UGUACAUAAUUCGUUGUUCACUUAUUUGAACUUCAGCACCGCUAAGUUUCAUAUAGAUUUACUGAAAACGUUUCAGUCUGUAUCUGUCGGACGGUGGUAGUUUGCAUUUUGUCGUUUGUUCAUUUUAAAUUCAGCACCGGGGUCAGUAAUUGCAGAAAUCAUGUCACGGAAAGGACUAAGUGUAGAAGAGAAAAGAACUAGAAUGCUGCAGAUAUUCUAUGAGAAAAAGGAAUUCUUUCAACUGAAAGAACUGGAGAAAAUUGCACCAAAAGAAAAGGGAAUCACUGAGCAGUCUGUCAAAGAUGUGGUUCAGAGUUUGGUGGAUGAUGGCCUGGUAGACACAGACAAGAUUGGAACAUCAGUUUAUUUCUGGGCAUUUCCUAGCAAAGCUAAACACAUCAAGACCAAGCAGUUAGAGAGUAUGACAGAAAAACUGAAUGAUAUUAACAAUAAACUGAAGAUAUCUAUGGAAAAUCUUACUGCUGCAAAAACUGGACGAGAACCUACAGAAGAACGCAGUGAGGUUUUAAAGAAGGUGGCUGAAUUAAAGGCUGAGGAAGAGUCCUUGCAAAAAGAAAUAAAGGAAUACGAAAUGUGGGAGAAGAUGAAAAAUGAAUCUGAGAUUGCAAAGAAAGCUGUAGAGAGGUGGACUGACAAUUUAAUGUGUGUACAGUCAUUUUGUCAGAAAAAAUUUGGUUUAGACAUGAAAACUCUGGAUAAGCAUUUUGGAAUUAGUGCACACAUAGACUUCUGAAGUCAGACAGAUACUUUAAGAUGUGUUCCUAAGCUCUAAGAAUGUGAUUAUGUAUGUAACAAUGUAGCAGUUGUUUGUAGUAUGCUGAUUGGUUUAUCAGUCUAUGUGAUGUAUGUAUAAUACACUUCUGCUUAAAGACAACUGUUGACCAUUUCAAGACAUGUGUAGGAAGUCGAGAUGAAUCUACUUCGUGAUGGUUUCUUGCUUGGCUCAUUUUUUGAACAUGAAGAUGGAAGCGACUUGUUCCUCCAAAAUGUUGGUCAACUCUCUGUGGACUGCACAGCACUACGUAUCCCACGAGACUUAACUCUCGACACAUCAAAUAUGAUUCAUUUCACCUCAAAUCCUGUGCAAGAACUCACACAGAAGUAACACAGCAUUCUUUUGCAAGUUCUACAUAUGUCUGAUGCUUCUUUUGUUCAAUAAAUAUUAAAUUGAAUUUUUUUA